GUCUCAUGGAGCUAUCCGCGCCUUAAAGGCCGCGAUGGCAGCGCAUCCGAGGUCGGGGAGAACAUUGAGGACGACCGCCCGCUUCCUCCCGUCGCAGGCGUCGAAGCCGCUGGCCAUUCUUUCGUGUCCGUGUCUGCGGUGCCACAUCACUCAGAAGCAGGCCAUUAUGGAGGCCAUGGAGGAGCUCCGGACGGCCUGGGCCUGCUGA